UUGAAGACCAAGAAGCAUCAUUUCCUUCGAUCCUCUUCUUUUACUUGGAUUCAAACCUGGAAGAAUCCCAAAAAUUAGACAUGAAACAAGUAUCUUUAUCAACCACGUCCUUCUUUCUUUCUUUUGCUUUUGCUGUUUUCUGGACCACAAAAGCUAUCGUUAAAAUACCAGGCAACGAAACAAUUCCGGCGGUCCUUAUGUUUGGCGAUUCCAUUGUUGAUACGGGCAACAACAACAAUAUCAAAUCAAUAGUAAAGUGCAAUUUCCCCCCAUAUGGGAGGGAGUUUAAGGAAGGAAUACCAACAGGAAGAUUUUCCAAUGGAAAGGUUCCCUCGGACUUCCUAGUGGAAGAAUUGGGAAUUAAGGAGUUCCUACCAGCAUCUAGGGAUCCAACUUUGCAGCCUAAAGAUCUCCUAACGGGUGUAAGCUUUGCUUCAGGUGGCGCAGGAUAUGAUCCUUUGACAUCAAAAAUAGCGUCAGUCAUAUCACUAUCGGAGCAGAUACAAGACUUCAAGCAAUACAUAGGGAAGCUAAAAGGAAUAGUUGGAGAAGAGAGAACAAACUUCAUUUUAGCCAAAAGUGCAACAUUUUCGGUAGCGAGCAGCAAUGACAUUGCCAAUACCUACUUCAUUACUGGAAUUAGGAGAUUGCACUAUGAUGUUCCUUCUUACACUGAUCUUUUGGUCAAGUCGGCUUCUAAUUUCGUCAAGGAAUUAUAUGGAUUGGGAGUACGGAGAAUUGGUGUUUUCAGCGCACCACCACUUGGAUGUUUGCCAUCGCAGAAAACUUUGAAUGGGGAUUUAGGAAAAGGGUGUGCAAAUGACCCGAAUGAAGCAGCAAAACUGUUCAACGCAAAACUGUCUGUUGAGCUGGGUAACCUUAACAACAAUCUACCUCACGCAAAGGUGGUCUAUAUCGAUAUCUACAACCCUUUACUCGAUAUUAUAAAAAAUCCCAAGAAAUAUGGCCUUGAGAUUGCAAAUAAAGGGUGCUGUGGUACAGGGCGUAUUGAGGUAUCUGUACUAUGCAGCCAACUGGAACCGGACACCUGUGCAGAUGACUCUAAGUAUGUUUUUUUUGACAGUUAUCAUCCUACAGAAGCAGCAUACAAGAUAAUUGUCAAUCAGCUCCUCCAAAAAUAUAUCAACAGCUUCCUUUGAUAUUGUUGGUUUUCCUCGAUCGACUCUAUAAUUAUUAUCGAUCACGCCUUGCGAAUUUGUUGUUUUUUCCUUUUUCUAUCACAAUAUUUAUUAUUUUUGCUGAUUCCAUGGAACUUGACCCAAAUAAAUGGGAGUGUCAAUUACUCCAAGGUUUGAAGCAGAUUUCACCUGUCUU